AUGGCUGAAACGACGACAAUGAGGGUCAUACCCUCGGGCAAAAUUUAUAGGCAAAUGUUUGAUGCACAGGUCCAGCUGAAUAAAAGUUUAACAGCAGUACCAAAACGUCCGAAAUCUCCCUCAACUCGUCAGUCUGUAUCAGCUACUAACAGUGUACCUCUAGUAAGACUUAAUACUGAUGAAACUAAACAUGGUGUACUAACAGAGAGACAACAGACCUGGGUGAACGGGUUUCCUAAUGAACCACAUAUUGAAAAUCCUGUCUUAUACAGACAAUAUGCUGAUUAUAUGAGUCGUAAAUUACGAAGUCAGGAAGCGUUAGUUUAUGAUGAAGAAGUUCAGGCUUUACCAGAUAUUGUUGUACCAACUAAGAAAGGAUCAGAUAUAAUAGAUAGAAUAGCUUCUAGUAGAAAAGAAAGACAUGAAGCUGCUGUAGAAGAUAUGCAACAAGAAUUUAAUGUCAUUAGCUCGAAUUUUGAACCGUGUAUCACUGAAGCCAGUGAGAGUAUAUUGAAUCAGUUGGAAUCUGAUGAUGAAGAAUUAACAGAACUACUGAAUCAAAUCUCUACUGAUGAGGAUUUGAUAGGGUUGGAACUAUACGAGUUAGAAAGAAUUUGGGAAGAAGUGCAGUCGCACUCACCGUCUCGACAAGGUUGGAUUUUACAAUUAGAUCAAACUUUAAAAACUCUAGAAGACAACAGAACUCAACAGAUUCGUUCAGUAUUUGAAGUAUACAGUGAUAAACUAGAAAAGAUUGCUCAUCUCCUAGCCCCUGAUUUACAGAAAUAUCUUGAUAAAGAGGCACAGAAUAUGAACAAGGUAAUGCUUAGUAACAGAAGAGCCUUCGCUGAUUUGUUUGUGCGUCUGAUGUCAGCUGAUAUAGAAAGGGAGAAAACUCAAUAUGCCUUGUGGAAACGUCGUAAAGAGGACUGGUCAGCUCUAAAAACUAAAAAAUAUGUUGAUGAAUUCAAAGUGUUUAUGAAGAGUGAAGAAGUCACGAAGCCAGAAGGUGUUGAUACAGUUUUAGAGAAUAUGUUAGAAGAUCAGCAGACUUUAAAUAUCAAACGUUUAGAUCUUGUACAGUCUUUAGUUGAUAUGAAGCCCCCCAUGUCAACUAAAACAUCAGUAUUUAAAUGGAAUCAAACUAUGAAGUCUCUUUCACAAGAAAUAGAAACAAUAAACCAGAAACAUCUAAGUAAAUUACAUGAGGAAUAUGAACUGAUCUGUCAGACGUGUAUUGAUAGGAUGAACAAGGUCAAGGAGAGAUUAAUAAAUGAAGGUGUCUGUACUCCUGUAAAAUCUCAGUCUGUAGUAGAUAUUCAAAUGUUACCUCUAGUUGGUGAACAACAAAAAACAUUCGAAGAAAAUCUCGAAGUUAUGGAAAAUGCGUUGGAAACACAUGGUUUAACGAUGACAACUGAUAUCAAAUCGUUGUUUAAAUUCUCACAGGGGGCAGCACAUGUUUGGGACGUACAUGAAAUAGGUUUGGCAAAACAGGAGAGAGCGUUACAGGAAAAACUUGAAAAUUGUAGACAAGAACAUGAUAGCAAGAAUCAGGAAACAGAAGCUAUGCUAGAUAAUAUUAUGGAUAAGAUGAGACAAGAUGGUAAUGAACAGAAUCUUGCUACCAGUUUAGUAAAAUCACUGGAAAUGUUGGAAAGGAUACGAUUAUCGUAUGAAGUAUUCCACCAAAAGCAGACAGACAUUGUUAAAACUUACCCUGAAAUGGUGACCUCUGAACUCAGUAACUAUGACGAUUCCGUCUGCAAAUUCUUUUUGGUGGACAGAAUUCAUCCUGAUGAUAGGCCGGAAAGUGUGGACAGCGAAGGUCGUAAUUCUCAAGCCUCUGUUUCAAGUCAAGAGGAGAAGAAAAAAGAACGGAAGAAGAAACGUCGGGCAUCAAGAGUUAAAGAUAUGUCAGAGAUGAGAAUCCUGUUGAACUAUUUCGGGUGUAGUCUAUAA